ACCCAGAGACUAACGCUAUAAUCUAAGCAAGAGAAUGAGAUAUUCACGGGUGUGCUGAGCGGCCACUUGGCAGGGAUGUCCGAGGGUGUCUUCAAAUGCCCCACGGGGGUUUGGCCUUGGGGAUCUUUAGUCCUUUCAAACCUUGCGAUGCCGGGGACUUUUGUCUGUAUUGAAGCAGAGACAGUGUGGGUGGUGGUUGCCAGCACAGCAGAUCCCAGUUCGAAUCUAGCUCUACCUCUUGUCUGGUGGGUAACCUUGGACAGAGACCUCAUUAGCCUUUCUGAGAACGUCACCUAAAAAUAAGGAUAAUAUCUUCCGUAUAGAGUGGGGAGAUCAAAUAAGGCAGCGUGUCUUAGCAUGGCACCUGGCAGAGGGUCAGCCUGGAUGUAAGGUAGCUGCUGUUGUCAUUUUAAUGACAAAUUAUUUUCUCAGGAUAGAGAUCUCCGGUUCAGGGAGCUGCUGGAGCGACUUUGGCAGAGGUGGAAGGGUUGAAACGGGCUGUAGGCAGCGGGUCCCUGUGAGCGUUGCGCUGGUGGCAUCACUGUCCCAUGUCCCCGUCUCCUCUCCCUAGGCCGGUUAAGGAGGGACAGCCCAUAGCUCAUCAUCAAAGCAACACUCUUUAUUGUUUAGAGCCUGUGGAGCUGAAGGGAGGAGGUCACUUAAACCCAUCAAUGACGCGCGGUUCUGGGCGGUUCUUGCUGGCAAGCUAGCCGGUCGGCUGUAUUUGUAAGUGAGACAUCAGGAUAUGGCAUCCGUGAGUCAGAAAAUGGGUAAGAAGAGUCGAGUAAAAACGCAGAAAUCAGGCACUGGUGCUACCGCAGCUGUGUCCCCGAAGGAGAUCCUGAACCUCACCAGCGAGCUGUUACAGAAAUGCAGCAGUCCUGCCCCUGGCCCAGGAAAAGAAUGGGAAGAGUAUGUGCAGAUCCGGUCUCUAGUUGAGAAAAUACGAAAAAAGCAAAAAGGUCUGUCUGUUACUUUUGAUGGAAAAAGAGAAGAUUACUUUCCUGAUCUAAUGAAAUGGGCCUCUGAAAAUGGAGCAUCCGUGGAGGGUUUUGAAGUGGUUAACUUCAAAGAAGAAGGCUUUGGUUUGAGAGCAACGAGAGAUAUCAAGGCAGAAGAAUUAUUUUUAUGGGUUCCAAGAAAAUUACUUAUGACUGUUGAAUCUGCUAAAAAUUCAGUGUUGGGGCCCUUAUAUUCUCAAGACCGAAUUCUUCAAGCCAUGGGAAAUAUCACACUGGCCUUUCAUCUGCUGUGUGAGAGAGCCAACCCUAACUCUUUCUGGCAGCCCUACAUUCAGACCCUGCCCAGUGAAUACGAUACCCCUCUCUACUUUGACGAAGAUGAAGUUCGCUAUCUUCAGUCGACUCAAGCUAUUCAUGACGUCUUCAGCCAGUAUAAAAACACAGCUCGACAGUAUGCCUAUUUCUAUAAGGUGAUCCAGACCCAUCCUCACGCCAACAAACUGCCCUUGAAGGACUUGUUCACUUAUGAGGACUACAGGUGGGCCGUGUCCUCUGUAAUGACAAGACAAAACCAGAUUCCCACAGAGGACGGUUCCCGGGUGACCCUUGCUCUGAUUCCUCUGUGGGACAUGUGCAAUCACACCAACGGCCUGAUCACAACCGGUUACAACCUGGAGGAUGACCGCUGCGAGUGUGUGGCUCUGCAGGACUUCAGGGCCGGGGAGCAGAUUUACAUUUUUUAUGGCACCCGGUCAAACGCAGAGUUCGUGAUCCACAGUGGUUUUUUCUUUGACAAUAAUUCACACGACAGAGUGAAAAUAAAACUGGGAGUGAGUAAAAGCGACAGGCUGUACGCUAUGAAGGCUGAGGUCUUGGCGCGCGCUGGCAUCCCCACUUCCAGCGUGUUCGCGUUGCACUUCACGGAGCCACCCAUCUCUGCCCAGCUUCUGGCUUUUCUCCGAGUGUUCUGCAUGACGGAAGAAGAAUUGAAAGAACAUUUGCUAGGAGACAGUGCUAUCGAUAGAAUCUUCACCUUGGGUAACUCUGAAUUUCCUGUUAGCUGGGACAAUGAAGUCAAGCUUUGGACAUUUCUUGAAGAUAGAGCAUCGCUUCUUUUAAAAACUUAUAAAACAACCAUUGAGGAAGACAAGGCCUUCCUGAAAGGCCGUGACCUUUCCCGCCGGGCGGUGAUGGCUAUCAAGUUGCGCCUGGGCGAGAAGGAGAUCUUGGAGAAGGCAGUGAAGAGCGCGGCCGUGAACCGCGAGUACUACCGCAGACAGCUGGAGGAGCGGGCCCCGCUGCCCAAGUACGAGGAGAGCGCGCUGGGGCUGCUGGAGAGCAGCGUGGCCGACUCGCGGCUCCCUCUCGUCCUGAGGAACCUGGAGGAGGAGGGCGGCGAGCAGGAGGCCUUCAAACUCAAAGAGGCCGUCGGCAGAGCAAAGGUGGCUGAACACAGGCUCAUCAACGGUGUGAACUCUGUCCCCAAUGGGACCAGGUCAGAAAACGGAAACUUGAAUCAAGAAGAAAGUCCCCGAGGGGUUGACGAUGCCAAAGAAUCUCCUUCAGAGAGCAUCGAGGAGGCGAAAGAGUAGCGCAGAGGCCACGCACCACCUGUUGGGAAAUUCGGUUCAGCAGAAGCUGACGCACAGUCCACGCACAUCGCUGUGUUUCCUUGUUGACGUUUUUCUUUCUGCAGAGAGGAAAAUAUGUUUUUGCUGCUUUAUAUAAAAAAUAAUUUUUUUAAGUUAUUUAAAAAAUCUAGCUUCCCUUUUCGAUUAAGAUUGCCAUCUUGCUUCUAGGCGACAGAAACAAGUGGGACAGCCACGACAAGGGGAGAGGUGCCUUUGGAAGAUUCUGCAGACCUGCUGUGGGGGAGUGUGUCUUCUUCCUGGGGAAGAGUUCAGUUUCUCCAGCCGCCUGUCGUCCCAAUGACCAGAGCCGUCCCUCGCUCUGCCGCCUGCCCGCCGGCGGUGGGACUCUGGGUGUCUGGCUUGCAGGCGGGGAUUGGCACAGCAGAAAACGGGACCGAGGUCAGGACGCUUUAGAUUCUCGGCAAAAUCUGUCUCUCUCUUUUUUUUCCCUUGAAAAAUAACACCCCCGUACCAAAAGAAAAGGUAAGGUGGCAACCUUAUUUUUAAUAGUUUUAAAUGUUGAUGAUAAUCCUAAUUAUAUAAAAUAUAUAUAUACACACAUAUAUAUAUACCUAGUGAUUUCUAAAGAUCUGUGCCCUUUUUGUGUCUUGUUUCACUGUAUGACGAACUCGUCCUUUCUCCUUGAAUCAAACCAGGGCACUGCAUCCCCCUCGCCCGAUUCUCAGCCUGGUCUCUGAUUUUAAAGUGGUGCGUUUGGCUCCCAGCGUUGGUGACGGAGAUUAGAAAGCCAGCAGGUGGCCACAGCUUGCCGAGGCCCUGUCCUCAGUGAGGCAGCUCCUGCUUUUCUGGUUUUCACAACAAGCUAGAGAUUUUCAAAGCUACACU